AUGAAAGUCAAGUCAGCGGUGAACCAGAGCUACGGGGAGACAGGCGAGGAUGUCCCGCUCUCCGUCCCCCAGUACCUCGAGGCUGCCAAAGAGCUUGUGGACAAGUCCACUAACCGUCCUCACUGCCGCAUGCUCCUCUCGCCGGUGCGGCCGCUGGAGGACGGCUGCUCAGACUACCUCGACGUGAUCCGCGAGCCGAUGGACUUGGGGACGAUCAGGCACAGGCUUGAGACGGGGAACUUUUACGAGACCAUGGGAGACGUCGCAGCCGACAUGCGGCUCACGUUCAAGAACGCGCUCAUGUACAACGAGGAGGGAAGCACAAUCUUCAAGUGGGCGAGCGAUGCGAUGCAGAUGUUCGAG